AAAAUGGCACCGUCCACCAUCUAGUGUCGUGACUGUCGUUCAAUCAGAUUAACCAUCAUACUUCCAUGAUAUCUUUCUUCCAAUUGGUGUAGUAUACAGUGAAUUAAAUUAUAAUCUUUCAUUAUAACAUAUGAAAUUCGAACGUCCGAUUCAUUUUCGUUAUUGAUAUUAAUAAUCCUUCGUUGUUGAGGUUAUUUCAGAUUGACUUGUCAGCUACCGCUUCGACCACAACUACCGAUAAAACAUGUUCCGUGUUUCAUCGAAUUGAAACACAUGUUACAUCGAAUAUCUCAUAGAAUGAAAUCCAUUUAUCGUGCUAGUGCAAAUUUUUGUUAGAAGAGAAAUUUCAAAUCAUGAAGCACCACAAUUUUGUCUAUUACCUUGUCUUACUAUCGACACGUUCUCAAUACAACAUUGUUUAUUGUUUUUUAUGAAUAAGGAAAUAUUGGAGCUACAUAAUUUUAAUAUAUUUCUUUUUAAAUCAAAUAAAUAAUCUAUUACAAUUACUUCUUUUUAAUGAUAAAAGCUUUAGUUAACUCAAUUCAUAUCGAAAAUACAUGUAACAACGAAUCACAUUAAAUCGUAUAACAAAAAUGAAUUGGAAUGUUUUAGGUAGCACUCGACAAGAUGUUAAUUCAACAAUGAGAAGCUGUAAAUGCCUUCGGCUGACAUUUCAAAUUCAUGUCACAGGUUUUGAUAAUUCUUAGGAAGAUGUUGAAGAAAGUCCAAUUUUGGUGAUAUAAAUGAUUUAGAUUAAAUUGAAGAGAGCACAACGCAAAAAAGCAAUCAGACAAUUACCAACGAUAGAUAUCCAAAGGCGGUAAAAUGACGGAAUCUGAGAAUAUUUUCUUGUUUGUACCUAAUAUUAUCGGCUAUGGAAGAGUGAUUUUGGCUCUAAUAUCCUUUUAUUUUAUGCCAACCAACCAUAUCAUUGCAUCAUGGUGUUAUAUAAUUAGUGCAUUAUUGGAUGCAGUGGAUGGUCAUGCAGCUAGAUAUUUUAAUCAGGGCACCAAAUUUGGAGCUAUGUUGGAUCAACUGACCGACCGUGUUGGUACUAUGUGUUUAUUAGCCACAUUAUGUGUACUUUAUCCGUCAUACACAUUUUGGUUUCAAUUAAGUAUGGCAAUUGAUAUCGCUUGUCACUGGAUAUAUAUUCAUGCCUCACUUUUACAAGGAAAAACUAGUCACAAAUUUAUCGAUAUGUCUGAAAAUCCAAUUAUGAAAGUAUAUUAUACUAAUCGUACAGUUUUAUUCUUUAUGUGUGCUGGAAAUGAAGCAUUUUAUGCUGCUUUAUAUCUUAUUUACUUUACAGAAGGACCUAUUUUGGCUGGCAUAAGUUUAUUCAGACUGAUUAUGUACAUGACUGCACCUAUAGCAUUUAUUAAAACUGCUAUUUCAUUAUUACAUGGAUAUGUAGCUUGUAUUAAUUUGAGCAUUAUUGACUUGAAGGAAAGACAAGCACUAAAGGAAAAUAAGUCAUUGCAUUCCACAACAUCUACUUCCACUAAAUGUGAUUAAUUGAUCUUCCUAAUUUAUGAGAUAUUAUACUUAAAUAUGUUUACAAUUAAUUCUAUUUUUAUAUGUUAAUCCAAAAAUCAAUGUGCCAGAUUUAAAGUUAGGCUUCAUUAUCUAUUUUAACAUGGAAUAGGAAUACAGUGCUGAUCACUGUUUAACUUCUAUUUUAACAAGAACCAAACUAUAAGCAUUACCCAUUAUAUUUCAGAACAAUUAAAAUACAAUUCGUUUAAACUAGAUGUUUAUUAAGUUUAAGUAGAUAUCCGUUUUAGGGUUUUAUGCUUAGGUAAGUUUAACAGACUGGUUUAUAUUUUUAAAUAAUUUAUAUAUGUGUUAAUGAUUUUUUGAAAACUUUUUUAUAGAGAUAUAAUGGGAAUAGAAAAAAUAAUAGUUAUAAGAAAUAUCAUUA